AGUGUCUCCUCCCAAAAGUUCCAGUUCGACCGAGACACGCACCGAAUUAUGGUGCCUUAUACACCGGGUCUGAUACCUGCACGGAUCGGAACACAGACAGGGAUUCAGACCAGAAUCCAGACCAGAAACCAGACCAGAAACCAGACCAGAAACCCGACUGGAUCAGAGAUGGGCAGCGGUCGCCUGUCCCUGCUGUAGGUCAGUGAUGGCUGCUGUUUUUCCUGAAUGUGGAGGAGACCACAUCACAUCCAGACUCCAUGUUGGUCAUCAUGGCCUCGCUGGAUGGAAGCACGCCGGUUGAGACACUGCUAGAAGCGAUCCAUCUGGAGAGAUACCUGGACGCCUUCCGUAGAGGUGGGCUCUUAUUGGCUAGAGACUUCACACACCUGGAUCAUGACGCGCUGGUCAGUCUGGGUAUAACUGCCACAGGACACAGGAAGAGAAUCCUACGAUUGGUCGGUCACAUUCAGAGUACAGAGGCUCAGAGAGACAAUCAGAAAACUGAUAUCCCACAUGACUGCUGUCAGUCUGUGACAGACAUUUCUUCAUCAGAGCGCGGCCGCGGCACUGCGUCGCUGUCAGGACCUGUUAACUUUGAGGCAUUCAGGAACAGCUCUGCUCCGAACCUUGCCACCAUGCUGACCAACUCUGACAGCAGCAGGUCACUGGCGAAGCCAGUUCCUAAACCCAGAACUGUCUUCAACCGCCGCAGAACCACCCCCGUCCACUUCUGUCCAGCCCCUGACCCUCCCCCACCCAGGAGGCUCUCCCAGGAGUCCAUCUGUUUUAGUCUGUUAGAGGGUUUGACCUCAGGGGACAAGCCCACACCUAACAACAGGUUGACCUGCAAUCUCUCUGACAAAUUGACCAUGCCCAGUUGCAGACUGAGCAAGGCGGAAAGGAGGAGGCCAAGUCGAAGCUUGUCUCUGUCAGAUGCUGGGGGGUCAUUACCUCCUGUUCCCCCGAGGCUGAACCGUGGGGUUUCUCCCACUAUGUCCCAGGCAUCCCCACCCUCUUCUUCUUCACCUGUGCAGACAGAACCGAACCAGACAUUUCCUGUCACUUCCUGUCCUGGUAGUCUUGACAACAGGCUCCCUGGAUCCUCACCAUCCAGUUCACCCAAAGCUGGAGGGAUGGAGAUGGUCUCUAAUGAGAUCUACUGGGGCUCUUUACCAGGUUAUACUGUCCCCAGUGGAGGGAAGGGUUAUUGCAGCCAGCACUCAGCUCCUCCGACUCCGCCCAGACAAACUCCUGACAGGAAGCCUGAGAGAAACAGUGGCAGCACUUUAAGUAACAACUCUUCAGGCUCAGCCAGAGCUUCAACAGAUGACACUGAAGAGGAGAUUAGCCCAUACUGUGAAACUGUGUUCCAAAGCAGAAGAAAUCCACUCAUAAUUGAGAGUGAAAGAAGUAGACUGGAGGAGAAACAUGCAGGGGAACAUGGGAAGCAGAAGUUCUCCUGGACUAGACGUUUGUCUCAUGCACUUCACUCCGGAGACUCUCAUAUGGAAGGCUUUCCAUACUCUCAGGGUUACAGCACUGUCGGAGAACCUCCACCCCCCCUGCACUGCCUCUCCCUGCCCCCCCGCACCUUCCCGUCAGAGGGUGAUGAGGACCUGACCAUCUCCCCCUACGCCAGCUACACCUCCCUGACCGAGAGAGCCCAGCCAAUCAUCAGUGGAUGGCUUGACAAGCUGUCUCCACAGGGGAACUAUGUUUUCCAGAAGCGUUAUGUCAAGUUUGACGGCAAAAACCUGAUGUACUUCGGCAGCGACAAGGACGUCUACCCUAAAGGAGUGAUCCCAUUGGCUGCCAUCCAGAUGGCCCGCCCAGCCAAAGACAAUAAAUUUGAAAUUGUGACGAGUCAGAGGAUCUUUGUGUUCAGGGCUGAUAAUGAAGUGCUGAGGCGGCGUUGGGUCGGCACGCUGCAGGAACACGUCAGAGAUCAGCUGGUGUUUGGUCGGCGGUGCUUUGGUCCCGGGUCGCACUGUCAGAAACACGGUGUCUUCGAGCUCAAAGGGACCAAAUCCAAAGUGUACGCCGCCAUCAACACUGAGCAGAUCUGGCUUUACAAGAGUGAACAGUGUUUCCGUAACGGGAUUGGCAUCACACUGAUUGAAGCUCGAGGAGCAACAAUCAGAGACGGAAAGCACAAGAGCUUCGACUUAAUCACGCCAUACAAAACCUUCAGUUUCACCGCUGAGUCAGACCGGGACAAACGGGACUGGAUGGAGGCGCUGCAGGAGGCCAUUGCAGAGACUCUGUCGGAUUACGAGGUGGCCGAGAAGAUCUGGUCCAACCGAUCCAAUCGGAUGUGUGCCGACUGCAAAGCCCUGAACCCUGACUGGGCCUCCAUCAACCUAUGUGUGGUCAUCUGCAAGAACUGUGCAGGGCAGCACAGAGGUCUGGGGACGAUGGUCUCGAAGGUUCAGAGUCUGAAACUGGACACCAGCGUGUGGAGCAAUGAGAUUGUCCAGCUGUUCAUCAUGCUGGGGAACGACCGGUCCAAUGAUUUCUGGGCGUCUCGUCUCUCUGCAUCAGAGGAGCUGGACUGUGACUCAUCACCGGAGCAGAGGAGAGACUUCAUCAUUCAGAAGUACAGAGAGGGUCGAUGGCGUCUCCCUCAUCCUGCGUUCAGCAGCCAGGACGACCUGCUCAAGGUCUUGUGCUCAGCCGUCUCUGAACAGACUCUUUUGAAAACCGUCACUCAGAUUUUCUCAGAGGCGGAGUCAGCACGCCUUGCCAACGAUGCCAACGGCUGCCAGCGACAUCAUCAGCUGCUAGACUGCUGCCUGGCAUCAGAUCCCAGUGUGUAUGAUGAGAUCAUGCAGCCAGUCCUUCACUCUGGUUACCUCUACAAGUCCAGCUCGGUGCACAGAGGAACACUGUCCAGGAAAACACGAGAAGACUUCCAGAAGUUCUGGUGUACAGUGGAUCAGUCUCUGCUCUUCUAUGAGUCGGACAAAUCGGCUGAUCCCUGCAUGCAGAUCAGUGUUAAAGACAUAGUGUGUUUGGGCAUCACUCGACCCAACUCGUCCAACAACAACGGUUUCAUCGACAGGUUUCGUUACACCUUCGAGUUGUAUCUGACUUCAGAGAAACUGUAUCAGUUUGGUCUGGAGACAGCCGACACUCUGCACAGCUGGACCAAAUCCAUUGGGAAGGCUGCAACCCCCCUCAGUUGUCACUGCCUGCUGACUCGGGAGUUUGAGCGGGUUGGUCUGCUGCGAUACAGGGCCAUGUUGGACCCUCAGCAGUGGAAAGAGGCAUACUUUGUUCUGCAGAAGUCCAACCUCUUCAUCUGUCCCCGAAACGAUGGAGCGGCAGAGGACAUAAUCAACCUGAACCGUCUGCAGGAGCUGAGUGUUGCCUCUGAGACCGAGAACCAUGAGAAGAAAGACAUCCUGGUUUUAGUGGAAAAAGGAAGGACUAUCCACCUGCAGGGCAUCGGACGCACAGAUUUCUCUCUGUGGUACUCUGACAUCCAGCGAGCAGCAGGCGGGAAAGGAAACACUCUGAGAGAGCAGCAGCUGAGUAGAAACGACAUCCCCAUCAUUGUGGACAGCUGCAUCGCCUUCAUCACUCAGUACGGUCUGGGCCACGAGGGGAUCUACAGGAAGAACGGUGCCAAAUCCAGGAUCAGAAUCCUGAUGGAAGAGUUUCGCAAAGAUGCUCGAAACGUCAAACUUCGGAUCGGAGACCACUUCAUCGAGGACGUGACAGACGUCUUGAAGAGGUUCUUCAGAGAGGUGGACGACCCCAUCUUCAUGGCUGACCUCCACCCGCUGUGGCAGGCAGCAGCUAAAAUCCCUCAGAAGAGACAGAGGUUGGACCGCUACAAAGACAUCAUCCGGAGUCUUCCACGAGUCAACAGGACCACUCUGGCUGCUCUCAUCAGUCACCUGUACAGGGUCCAGAAGUGUGCUGACCUGAACCAGAUGUGCACGAAAAACCUGUCGCUGCUGUUCGCUCCCAGUCUGUUCCAGACUGAUGGGAAAGGAGAGCAUGAGGUGAAGAUUGUCGAGGAUCUGAUAGACAACUACCUGUAUGUCUUCGAUAUCGACGAGGAGCAUCAGACUCAGAUUGAGCUAGAGAUCAGCCUCAUCACCUCCUGGAAGGACACUCAGCUGUCUCAGGCUGGUGAUCUGAUCAUUGAGGUGUAUCUGGAGGUGAAGAUACCAGAUUGCUGUAUUACUCUCAAGGUGUCUCCCACCAUGUGUGCUGAGGAGCUUACCAAUCAGGUUCUAUUCAUGAGGAACAUCCCGCCUGGGGACAAGGACGUGUGGAUGACAUUUGAGGCCUUAGAGGAUGGACAGCUGGAGCGUCCGUUACACCCCAAAGAGAGAGUCCUGGAGCAGGCUCUGCAGUGGUGCAAGAUGGCUGACCCGAGCUCGGCCUACCUGGUGGUGAAGAGAGUUCCUAAAGGAGAGGGCGUCAACAUCCUCACCUCCUAUAAGAGUGAGAUCAUGAAGAUCGGUCUGUUGAGGUGUCGUGAGGAACCUCCGAAGCUUCUUCAGGGAAACAAGUUCCAGGAGAGAACGUUCCAAAUCAAAGAGCACAAACUGCUGCUGCUCAAAGACAAGAAGAGCAUCAAACCAGAGAAGGAGUGGUCUCUGAAGUCCAUGAAGAUCUACAUCGGCAUCCGCAGGAAACUCAAAGCUCCGUCCAGAUGGGGCUUCACAGUGAUGUCAGACAAACACCAGCUGUUUCUGUGUUGUAGCUGUGAGGCUGAACUGUGGGACUGGAUUACCAGCUUCCUCAAAGCUCAGAAUGAUGACCCGGGUCCUCCAGUGAUGAGGCGUCACUCCUCCUCUGACAUCUCCAAGCAGAAAUUCGGCACGAUGCCUCUUGUCCCGAUCAGAGGAGACGAGAGCAACAGCAGCAUGCUGUCGGCCAAUCAAACGCUGAGGAAGUUACACGACAGACGGACUCUUUCCAUGUACUUUCCCAUGAAGGUCCAGCAGGACUCGUUCGAGGAGCGUUCAGAGUCGCCGGACCUCCCCGAGCCGCUCUACGAGGAGGUCGGGGACUUCGGCCUGCAGGUCCUAAAGUCUCUGGAGACCAGCUUUCUGUCCAGCAGCACUGCUGAGACACAGGAAGUUUCAGACCACCCGCCACUCAGACUGGUCCCCGUGGAAACUGGACAUGUGGACCACAAGAUUGUCCCAGACCCGAUCCGGACUAGCAGAGGCUCUGAGGAGCCCAAUGAGCAGAGUGGAGGAGGUGUCGGGGGAGCAGACGCCUCCCAGCAGCCGGCAGUAAGGAAGAGGCAGCAGCUACAGGGAGUCUGUACACCGUCACAGGAGCUGCUGCUGCAGGAGCUGUCAUCUGCUUUCACAAAGAAGACUGAGGAGGAGGGGGAGCAACAGGAGCAGCAGGAGCACGAGCAGGAGGAGGAGAGGCCAUAUGACUAGCUUUUAUCACAGCUGAGCUAAAUCACUGAACGUUCCUACAGAAUCUGUUGGAAGAAAUGUUGAACAAGUCUUUAAUUUGUGUUUCCAUGUGUAAUGAGAGAUUUGUGUCAGAGCUCUUCACAGUUGUGUGAGACCACCACAGAAUCCCUCUGUGUACAGAGAGGACUGACAGAAUGGAGCCAGAGGGACAAUUAAAGUUUGGAUACACAAUGAACAGUAAUCAUUUCCCUCACACUUAAUGAAUUCCCUCAGGUUAACAAGUUCUGCCAUGAUCACUGUGAAGACACUGGACCAAGAUCUGCUCAUCUUAACAUCUGUUCUACACAUCCAAGUAAUGAGCCACAGAAAGACACAGAUCUGUUUGAGCAGCUGUUCUGUUUGAAGCUAACUAUCUUAGCUUAGCACACAAAGUACAAUUUCUACAUUCAGAAUUUAAUUUCAGUAAAAGUACAGAUAUAUUACCCAGAACAAUGUAUUUAAAGUAUUCAAAGUAAAAGUGCUUACUGUGCAGUAGAACAGUUUCUGUUAGCAUUAUAUUAAUAUUUAUUGUAUUUGUUACAAUUUCAGCAUUUUGAGGUCAUCUCUUUUGUCUUUAAUGAUUUUAAGGGAAAAUAACAAACAUGAAAAGGCGUCAAAUGAACCUGCAGUGACCGCUCUCUGCCUGCAGAGGGCGGCACAGUGACAUCAGGGUUACAGACAGCAGUCCGUCUCAGAUCAGAUCAGACAGACCGGAGGAGACAAAGACAUCACUCCAGAGUUUGAUUGACUGAACGGACAGAAGUCAGUGACGACAGUGAUCAGCUGAUGGAUGGUUUUAGCCAUCUCAGCUCCGACUGCAGCUUUAAAAGAUGACAUGAAGAUUUGGCAGAACUCUGAUGGAGACUUUCACAAACAUCUGAGAAUCAAAGCUCCAACCCUGCCUCUGUCAGUGCCUGUAGAGGGAAUGACACCAUCAACUCUGACAGAGAUACAGAGCAGGACAGUUUCUGUCAGGAUGUUCUAACUAAAGAAACUCUGAUUAGCUGACAGGUCCCCUGACUCACCAUGUGGGACUGAGUUCUGGAUAAGCAAACUCAGGCCCCAUUGGACAUGAAGUAUGUGGCCCACAUCUACAAAUAAAAGAGUUGGGCCAAAAGUCCACAUGGCCCAGGUGGUGAUAACCAAGUCUUUGCCAGACUCAGUUUAGAACUGUCCACGUUGCUCUUGGUCCACUUGAUUCCACGCAGUCAGGCCAAUAACAAGUAUAUUAUAUAUGUGUAGGAUGGACACAGAAGCACACUGUUUGACUUCUUCUUCUACCUCCCAGCAGAACCAGAUGAAGAUGUUUAGUAAAGAAACAAAGUCGUAAUGAGUUUAUAAUAUCUGACCAAAUAACAUGACACACAUAUCAAUCUAUGAGCAGUGUGUACAUUAUAUAAGCUAGAUGUUACAGUGCAGUCAACCUGCUGCUGAGUGUGGAGGAAGAAGCUGGUUCCACUGUUUUUAAUGGUGACACACUGUAAAGAGUCUGUUGAUGCUCAGCUGUACAUACAUUUUUAACACUGUGUCUGAUUUCCAAGGACAUCACCAUGGUAUAGAUACUGGGGGGUCCAAAUGAGAGCCCUUCCCCUGAAUUUUUUUUUCUUUUUUUUUGUUGGCAUAGGUUAAAACUAAUCUAAUCAAGCUGUUAAAGUUCUCAUUCAAAUUUCUCACUUGAUCAUCUGUAUCCCCAGAGCAUGUCCCUGCCUGGCCACUGCUUUCACUGUGCCUCUCCCUCUCCCUGUGUCUCUGUGCUGCCUACAUUGUGACCAGAUACCAUUAUUUGGCUUCUUUUAUAAGUAUUAUUCUGAUGUUGAGAAUAUACAGUUAAAUGACUUUUGUAUUACAAGCUCAGAGUUCCAGAUCAGAGGAAAUGUUUGUGCAAACUGGAUGAGAAUGUCAAGAUGACACACAUAUUAUUGAAUAAUCAUCUAACUGAUACUGAUAGUGUAUAUCAAUAUAUGUUUUAAAUGAGUAAUGUAAAUAUUAGUGUGUAAAAUGUAUAAUCUUCAAUAAAAAUGCAGUGUGGA